AGAGGCCCUGGGCUGGGCAGGAGAGCCUGGUUGCUCCAGGCGCAUGUGAGUCCUCCCCGUACAAGGUUACUUGAGUAAUGCUGGUUGUGAUUUUAAUUUAUUUAAACUUAUUCCAAAGUAAGUUAGAAGCUGGACUUAUUUUUUCUCUUUUAACCUGCUCACACGGCAUAGAAAGGAAUGAGAAAGAGUAACAGGCGGCUGCUUCUGGGACAGGUUGAGUAACCCAGCAUUGUAGCAGCUGCCAUUCUGCUCACAAGGCCCCCUCUUGACAGGAGUCUGCUGUUACCAGGAGUGAUGAGAGUGGGAAGGAGGUAAGAGCUGACAUGCACUGGACAGCAGGUGGGCAGGGGAGGAGUAGCACUGUCCUGAGAGACUGGGGGUCUUCAGGACUGCCUGACCUGCCUCCCCUGAGUCCCUGGAAGCGGGUGGUGGGGGUGGGGUGGUAGGCGUUUGGGAGAUGGGAAACACCAAGCAUGGCAGGCUAGAAAGGAUCAAACACUUCUUGACUGGCAGAGCUCAGUUUACCAAGUCCUGACACGUCUGUGACAUUUAAUCCUCACAAAGACCCAGCAAAGUCAGUGCUGGUUUUGGUGGGGAUUCUACCAUUACUUGCCUAGGUUUCCAUCAUUAGUAAAUAGAGCCAAGACUAGAGACCUAGCUGGACUUUUUCUGCUUAUCCAGCGUGAUCUUGGGAGUAGAAGUGCAUUCAAAAGACAGCCUGGUGCCCUGGGGAGAAGGCCUGGACUCAGCUCAGAGGUGUCCAGAUUCAGUGUGUUCCUGUGCGCAUUCUGUUUAAUGCAUCCACAGCUCAUCUAGGGCCUGGGGUUUCCUGGUGCGCCCAGAUCAGUUGUUUUCUGGGAGGAAAAAAAAAGCCUUGCUCUGUAGCAUUUGCUAAUUUCUAGAGUGUAAAUACUCCCACCUGGCCUAUUUCAGGGUAACAACCUGAUGUUGCUGAAUGAGAAGUUGGAAAGAUGUGCACAAUUGGCUCUCACAAGCCAUGUAUGCCAGUAUACCACUGGCCCAGACCCAGUGACCUCGGCUUAGUCUGAACUAGGGACAUGGCCCUUAGUCAGUAUCCAUUAAGGUGAGGGAGACGGCAGAGCAUGGAGGCUGAGAGGAUGGGCCAGAGUCAGACCUGAGGUCAGAUGCCGGCCCCACCACUCUGUGACCUUGGGCUCAUUACCAAACCUCUUGGCUUCCGUUUCCUCAACAGUAAAAUGGAGUAGUAAACAGUGCCUACUUCAUAGAGUUAUUGUGAGGAUGAAGAGUGAAUGACACACAGGGUCUGCACAGGAAUGCCUGAUAAACGCCAGCUCUGUGUGGUUGCUGAUGGUCAACCAACCUCAGUUGCAGCACUGGCUCUAGAACAGUACUUGAACUCUCCUCAGUUAGAACCUCCUGCCCAAGUCACAGACAGAUGCCAGGCAGGAAGCGGAGCCCCUGUGACUGUUCCCUGGCCCCUCAGGUGUGGAUUCAGACCCUCUGUCUCCUGGCUGGGAUACACCACCCUGACAGCUUAGGCCCAGCCAGAUCCUCAGGCCUUUUCUCCAAGGGGAGCAGAGAUUAGAGUGUACUUAGCCCUCUCCUCCUGCCUCCUUCUGGCUCUAGAAAGACAGAGGGAGUGCAGAGUCUACCACUUACUAGCUAAGGCCCAUUAACUUCCCAGAUCCCUGCCUCUGCCCAAAGAAGAAAGGAGGCAAGAAGUGUCCCAGUGUACAUUGUUGCCAGGAACUGCAAACUGGAUGGAGGGGAGGCCUUAACUGAACAUGGAGCACUGGGCAUCUGGACACUGACCUGGCUGCAGGGUCAUGGGACACCCCAUUGGAAUCCACUCCUUGAGUACUCCGGGCUUCUCCCUUUAGCUCCCAGUACCUCUGUGCUCUUACUUGGAGAUUACUCAAGCUUUUCAGGUCCAAGCUAGGCUGCCUCAGUUUGUGUCUUGCUCUGCUGUUCCAGCCCAGAGACCCAAGGUGUGUGGGGAGAUGGGGAAGAGAAGAAUAGGAUGUGACCCAAACUCCUGAGGCCUUGGAAGAGGGAGACCCACUAGAUGGUUUCACUGGGUGUGCCUGGGAGCAGGAAAGAGUUCUGAAUCAGUCAGGGCCAGCAGGAGGAGUUCUAGAAGUCAAAGACUCAACACUCCAUGCCUCGCACAGGUUUGGGCAUGGAGCCUGUUUCAUAACCAUGGGACCAAAGGGAGAAGUAGGCAGACUGAAAGGAGAUAGGCCCAGAGACAGAAUAAUGAACGAGAAAUGAGGGCUUUGCUCUCCAAAACCUGGGCCAUUACAACUGGGCUGAUGCCUGAAGAACUUUCAUGCUUGAAAGGAAAAGGUUGAGAUCUAAUCCUUAGGUGACCAAUUUCACCCCCUGAAUGGCAGCACGAGACCCUGUUAUGUCAACUCCAAUUUAAAGAAAGAGUACUUCUACUUAAACUUUUGAAAAAGUUUAUUAACAAUCAUGGAGUCAUGGAACGUUCAAGCUGAACUCCCUCAGCACCCAGAUUCUGCAGUGCUCACAGCUGCGGCACCAGGGGGCACUGGAGGCAGAGAUUCCUAAAGACGGAGUCUCGGGAAGACCUGAGCUUGCCUGGAAGUGGCUGCGGCUUCAGCCCCCUUCUCUGCUGCCUGUCUAGCCACUUUGAACCCAUUCCUGGAGAGGAUCCUCCCACUGGCACCUGGGGGGCUCUCAGGCCACCCUCGCCUGGCAGAUAGGGUGCCAGGCUCCAGGCCCGCCAGCUCUGCCAGCUGGGAUGGGGCUCAGAUUGUGCAGGGUUCCUUAAUCAGACCCAGAGCCAAAGCAGAGGACCCCCACCCCCCGCAACACACACACACAACGCCCCAGCCCUGGCUGCAGCCUGCUCACACAGGUAGACCCCCUGGCAUCUCCUGGUCUGUCCUCAGUGUGGAAGGAAGGAGACUGGGCCAAGGGGGUGGCAAACUCAAAUGCCUCCAGGCAGUGUAAGUGGCGCUAGUGGAGAGGUGGCGCAUGCAGAGCCUAGUACCUAAGGAGAUCAAAUUCGGAACCGUGCCCCAACUCGAAGUGGUAAAAUUAUCACCAGUUUCUAGAUGAGAAACUGGCCCAGAGGGGCUCGACGAUUUCUGUUAAGCUCUGAAGCCCGGGCAUGCCACCAGGUCAUCCCCGGCCAGAGCCGGUUGCCCAGAGAUGCGCGCCUUGAUGGACGGGAGGGGGCGGGGGCCGCGGUCGCUUUAAAGCGCUCCAGCCGGACCGCGCGGGGCGGGGCGCGCCUAGGGCCCCGGGAGUAGGGCUCAGCGACUGAGCGGGGUCCCCAGAGGCACCAGCUGGGCCGGCACGGCGGGGGCGCAUCCACCUAGCACGGGGAAGGAGCGGUUGCUGGACCUCACCAGGCCAAGACACAGGAGGCUAUAGAGGGUUCGGAGUGGCCCGUGUUGCUGUGGAGAUGGCGCAGCACGUGCGGUGACCGUGCCCGCGCCCCGAGGGUCUCAGCCUUGCGCCCCGUGUCCCCUGGCGAGCAUGGAGCGCCCGGAGCCCGAGCUGAUCCGGCAGAGCUGGCAGGCGGUGAGCCGCAGCCCUCUGGAGCACGGCACCGUCCUGUUCGCCAGGCUGUUUGACCUGGAGCCUGACCUGCUGCCCCUCUUCCAGUACAACUGUCGCCAGUUCUCCAGCCCAGAGGACUGCCUCUCCUCCCCUGAGUUCCUGGACCACAUCAGGAAGGUGAUGCUCGUCAUUGAUGCUGCAGUGACCAACGUGGAGGACCUGUCCUCACUGGAGGAGUACCUUGCUGGCCUGGGCAGGAAGCACCGUGCAGUGGGCGUGAAGCUCAGCUCCUUCUCGACGGUGGGCGAGUCCCUGCUCUACAUGCUGGAGAAGUGCCUGGGCCCUGCGUUCACACCAGCCAUGCGGGCCGCCUGGAGCCAGCUCUACGGGGCCGUGGUCCAGGCCAUGAGCCGAGGCUGGGACGGCCAGUAGGAAGUGGCUUAUGCCCUGCAGCUUCCACUGUGUCUGUCUGUUGGUCUGUGUCCGUUGUGGCCCAGGCUCCCUUGGCCUCCCUGCCUCUGGGUCCUUGUCCCCUCGGCCAUACUGUGGAGGGGAUGGAACAGGGCUGAGGUCUCAGUCCCCCUCACCUCCAACUGCAGACGGGCAUGGCUUUUCCUUCUGGAUUUCUGGGUGCACCCCCCCACCCCCACCCCAACUAGCUUCUUCCCUGCCAGCUUUCUCUCCGGGCAUCCUUUCCUCUGCUGUGGGAGGAGCAGCAUUUGAGGGACAGAGGGGAAGGCAGAGGGCUUUCAGAGCAUGGGCUCACCUCAGGAGAGCCCCGGCCAGGCUGGGGAGGGAUGGUGAGCUUGGGCACCUUCCCAUCUGGCCUGCCUUCAAUGCUUUCCUUUCCCUGGGGUGUUUACUUUUUGCAAGUGAAGAGAAGGGACAGUUUUAGCCUUCACUGUGGAAUCACAGGCAGGGAAGCAGGUAAUCAGCAACCCCUGUGGAAGGGAGAGGGGACCUGGAUCUGUGAUGGGCUCAGCUGGGGCUCAGGGGCUGACCCGGACGGCACCAACAGAGUACUUUUGCUGUUGCGGUAUCUCCCUUUCCCUCAUCCAGCUCUUCUGCUGGGCACUCUCUUGUUAAUGCUCUGCAGAAGCAGCUUGCCAGCCAGGAGUCAGUGAGGGGUGGCUGGGGAAGGGCGAGGAAGGAGGGGCAACCAUGCCAGAGAGACCCGCGUUCUGGCGGCGCUUCCUCGCCUCCCCACUCCCGCAGGCCUGGGGCUUUUCUCCGGACCCUCCUUCUGCCUCUGUCUACAUUGCCUGGGGGCCCACAGCUUCCCAGUUUUAACUCCUGGUGUGUGCUGUUCUCAGGCUGCUGGAUAGAAGAGAAAGCAGCAGGAGAGGCCCUCUGCCCUGCCCCGAGCUGUCUGCACUUUAGUCUCUUGCUGCUGUGCUGUGGUUGUAUGUGCUCAGGAGGAAUAAACCUGUUCUGUGUGCCUCU